AUGAGUGGAAAGGAAGGAGGAAUCCAGCCAGAGAUGAUGUUUUUCCUACAUCACUGCCUCAUGUGGAUGCUCAAAAGUAACUCGCUGGAGUCUCCAAAUGGUCUGAGGUCUGAGCACCCCGUCAACCCCAUCAUAACAUUUCCACAGGAUUCCUUUUGCAGCAGAGUCAGGAUGAGUGUCCAGACCCCACCCAGACUCCUGGACCUGGCGGGAACAAGCCUGCUGAGGGAUGAGGCCUCAGCCAUUUCUGCUGUGGAAGAUCUGCCCACUGAGCUCUUCCCACCACUGUUCAUGGAGGCCUUCCAUGGGAGACACAUCGAGACCCUGAAGGCCAUGGUGCAAGCCUGGCCCUUUGUCCGCCUGCCUCUGGGGGACCUGAUAGACAUGCCUCAUGUGGGGCCCUUACAAGCAGUGCUGGAAGCACUUGAUGUCCUACUUGCCCAGAAGGUUCGCCCUAGGAGGUGCAAACUGCUAGUGCUGGAUUUACGGGAUACUGGCCAGAUCUUCUGGAGCAUGUGGGCUGGAGCCAGCACUCACAGGUGCUCAAGCUCAAGAAUGGUACCAGUGGCUGAGCACAGGUCAAUGACAAAGCAGCCCUUGGCUCCCUUGGAGGUGUUCAUAGAACUUUGUCUGAAGAAAAAGACCCUGGAUAAUUUCCUCACCUACCUCAUCAGGUGGGUGGAGCAGAGAAAAGCUUCCAUACACCUGUGCUGUAAGAAGCUGAAGAUUGUUUCAAUGCCCAUGGAAAAUAUCAUGAAGGUCCUGAGUAUGGUGCAACUGGACUGUAUCCAGGAGGUGCAAGUGAAUUGCACCUGGCAUCUGUCCACCCUGGCCAUGUUUGCUCCUCUCCUGGGCCAGAUGGGUAAUGUGCAGAGACUCCUUCUCUCCCCCAUUCUUGUGUCUGCCUUUGAGGAGCAGGAACAGCAACACAUUGUCCAAAUUACCUCUCAGUUCCUCAGGCUGCACCACCUCCGGGAUCUCUAUAUGGAAUCUCCCUCUUUCCUUGAAGGCUGCCUGGACCAGAUGCUUAGAUGCCUGAAGACCCCCUUGGACAACCUCUCAAUAACUAACUGCCGGCUUACAGAUUCAGACUUGAUCCAUCUGUCCCAGUGCCCAAACAUCCGUCAGCUAAAAGGCCUGGAUCUGAGUGGUGUCACACUGACCGACUUUAGUCCUGAGCUCCUCAAAGUUCUCCUGGAGCAAGUUGCAGCCUCCCUCCAGGAACUGAACUUAGAGCAGUGUGGGCUCAGUGACUUUCAACUUGAGUCCAUCCUGCCUGUCCUGAGCCACUGUUCCCAGCUCAGGACCUUAAGCCUGUGUGGGAACCUCCUCUCUAUGACCAUCAUGGAGAAGCUGCUGUGUCACACCACUGGAAUGAACCUGCUGAGGGAAGAUGCCUUGGUCUUUUCUGCUCUGGAGGAUCUACCCACAGAACUCUUCCCACCACUGUUGAUGGAGGCUUUCCAUGGGAGAUGCAUUGAGAACCUGAAGGCCGUGGUGCAAGCCUGGCCCUUUGUCCACCUGCCUCUGGGGGGCCUGAUAGACAUGCCUUAUGUGGGGCCCUUACAAGCAGUGCCAGAGCCCUUGAUGCCCUGCUUGCCCAGAAGGUUCGAUCCAGGCUGCCUGGACCAGAUGCUCAGGUUCCUAAUGACCACUUUGGACAACCUCUCAAUAACUAAUUGCCAGCUUGCAAAAUCAGACUUGAUCCAUCUGUCCCAGUGCCCGAACAUCAGUCAGCUAAGAGACCUGGAUCUGAGUGGCGUCAGGCUGACCUACUUUAGUCCUGAGCUCCUCCACGUUCUGCUGGAGAAAGUUGCAGCUACUCUUCAGGAACUGGACUUAAACCUGUGUGGGAUCAUGGACUCCCAACUCGAGACCAUCCUCCCUGCCCUGAGCCACUGUUCCCAUCUCAGGGUAUUCAGCAUGUGUGGGAACCUCCUCUCCAUGGCUGUCAUGGAGAGGCUCCUGCGUCAUACUGAUGGGCUGCCUGGUUUAAAUCUAGAGCUUUAUCCUGCCCCUCAGGAGAGUUACAGCUCUCAGGGUGUUCUCCACCAGGAGAGACUUGCCCUUCUACAAGCUGAGCUUUUGGGGAUUCUUAGAGACUUAGGACAUCCCAGGACCAUUUGGAUUAGCCCCAGCCCCUGUCCUCACUGUGGCGUUGACAUAUGUGAUCACAUAAGUCCCAGUAUAUAA